CAUCCACAUAAAAUGGUCACAUGACUUUUAUUUUCAUAAAAAUAAAAAAAGUAAAAACUUUAUCAGUUUUUGAUGACUGCAGAUAAAAUCACGACCAUCUGACAGAGGGGAGCAUACCAAAAAUAACCAAAGUAGACUAAGGAAGUAAUAUGGCUGGCAUGGGUAGGCUUGAUGCUGUCAUAUCCAGCAUAGAUGACAUUGAAAAAGGUGUAAUGGUGGCCACAAGUUUGUUGCAGCAACGAGCCAUUGAGGUCCGAGCAAAUAGAGUAAACUGGCAAUCAUAUUUGCAGGGCCAGAUGAUAUCCCAGGAGGAUUACAACUUCAUCACACAAUUUGACAACUCUACACCUGAGAGUCGCAAGAAACUUUGCGCUGAACAUGGUCCACAGUGUGUUAAAACAUUCCUCAAUCUAAUCUAUCACAUUUCCAAAGAUCAGACUGUACAGUAUAUCUUAACCAUGAUAGAUGAUAUGCUACAGGAGGACAAGUCCAGAGUGGAGCUGUUCAAAGAGUAUGCCAAGAAGAAGAAAGAGUCCUGCUGGACACCAUUCCUUAACAUGUUGAACAGGUCCGAUGGUUUCAUUGUGAAUCAGACUAGCCGCAUAAUUGCCAAAAUAGCUUGCUGGGGGAGAGAACCCAUGGAUGGCUCAGACUUGCAUUACUAUCUAACCUGGCUGAAAGACCAGAUGAAACUACCUAACAACGAAUAUCUGCAAACAAUAGCUCGUUGUCUACAGAUGAUGUUGAGGAUAGAUGAGUACAGAUUUGCCUUUGUGGAGGUAGAUGGCAUUAGCACUUUGAUAUCAGUGCUGGCAGGAAAAGUUGGCUUCCAGAUCCAGUACCAGUUGACAUUCUGUCUGUGGUGUAUGACUUUCAACACAACACUUGCUGAGAGAAUGAACAAGUCAGUCGAUUCUGAGUACAAUGUUAUUCCAAUCUUAUCAGAUAUACUCAGUGAGUCAGUAAAGGAGAAAGUGACACGUAUCAUCCUAGCUACAUUCAGGAAUAUGUUAGAGAAACCAUCAGAGCGUGAAAUCAGGCAGGACCAUGCUCUAUCUAUGGUACAGUGUAAGGUAUUGAAGCAACUGCAGCUGCUAGAUGGACGUAGGUUUGAUGAUGAUGAUAUCACAGAUGAUAUAGAGUUCCUCACUGAACAACUACAGGCCAGUGUGCAAGAUUUAAGUUCCUUUGAUGAGUAUUCCACUGAAGUGAAGUCGGGACGUCUUGAGUGGAGUCCAGUGCACAAAUCAGAAAAAUUCUGGCGAGAAAAUUGUGGCCGUCUAAAUGAGAAAAACUAUGAACUGCUAAAGAUCCUUGUGAAGCUAUUGGAGACCAGCAAGGACCCUUUAAUACUCUCUGUUGCUGCACAUGAUGUUGGCGAAUAUGUCAGACACUACCCAAGGGGCAAAAAUGUGAUAGAACAGCUUGGUGGUAAACAGCUUGUGAUGACACAUCUCUCCCAUGAAGACCCCAAUGUAAGAUAUGAGGCCCUACUAGCUGUACAGAAACUUAUGGUGCAUAACUGGGAAUACCUUGGAAAACAGCUUGAGACCAAGAAAGAGAACAAUGGGGGAAAUGUAGCAGCUACAAAGGCUUAACAUUCCAGAUACUACUAGACACUAGGAAAUUCACUUUAGAUAAUAUAGAAUAAAAAUGAACUUUGUCAAUCAGAAUAUUUGUAGAAAUGUAGGAUUGUAUUGAUGUUAAGUCCUACUUGUCACUUCAAAUUUCCUAAUUCUGUGGUCGGCCUAGUUUAUAUGGCACAAUCAGAUAGCAAAAUAUAUGUAUUUAUUAGUGGAACUCUGAAGGUAUCAGUAUGUCACGUUAACUAUAGUACAGUAAAACUGUCUGUUCAAAGUUAGUAAUAGUAUAACAUUUCUAAAUUCUGUAUGUCAGAAACAAAUGUUCCAGAAAUAUUUCAGCGAGACAGUUUUACUGUAUGUGUUACUUAACUUCACACAUCGCUGAAUUAAAAAUUCAAUAUAACUUAACUCAUCUAUGCAUGUACAUCAAUUGCAAAUAGAAUCAUACCCAUUGGUCCUCUUGAAUACAAUAAUUGUCCUUUGUACAUUGUUAUGAUAAGUUAGAAGUACUGUAUGAAGUUGUAUACCACAUCAAUCAUUUGAAUCAAUCAAGAUACAUGUAUAUGAUAUAAGCCUCUGGUUUAAAGUAAGACUGGCUUAUUUAACUCAUACUAUGAAACAUGAAAGCAUUAUGGAUGCAAUGUUAUGAGAAAUGUGCAAUAUUAUUGUCUCAAGACAAACUGUGUAUUUUGUUGAAGUAUUACUAGAUAUUUGUUAUAUACUAUUUCUAGUAGCAAGAUAUGAUGGUGAAAGAUUGUCUAAAUUUUGAUAAAACCAAAGUAGCUGGGUUUUAGCUCAAGAUUCUAUGGAACCAUGCAAGAAUUGAAUAAACCCCAUCUUUGUUCCAAAACCUGCCUUGGAACAAAGAUACCCCCAUAUGAACAAUUCAUUUGGAAGUAAAAGCUUACAUUGAUUCACAACUCAUGCUGAAUAUAGAAAUAAUUUUAUUUAAAUAUAAUGGUAUAAAGCACGAACUAUUCCCAGAAUCACAAAUGAUUAUUGUAAUAAUGAUGUAAAUAUUGAAAUAUGAAAUAAAUGUUACUAAAAGAUGAAA